AUGCUUAAAACGAUGCGCAUGUAUAAAUCAACGUGCUAUGGAGUCAUUUUCGUGUUUUUUGCUUUCGCCUCUGCCUGGGAUCCCGUUGUUGAUUGCCCUGAUGGCGAGAAACGUGCUGAGGUCCAGCCAAUCAAGGUUGUUGAUGGCUCAAUCACAUUUGACACAACAUUAGCCAGUACAUUUCUGAUACCUCAUGAGGCAUCAUAUAUCACUACUGCAGUCUUCGGUCUGGGACCUCCAUCAACGUACACUAUUGCACCGCAGGGAACACCGCCGGUUGGGACUGUCAUAGAGAGAACUCCUCUAACCACAAUCACUUCAAUCAUCUCUUCAUUGAAAACCGCGCAGACACGGACACUGACUCCUGAUCAGCCUGGUGAUCCGACUACUGUUGUCAUUGAAGAGCCUGAGUACAGAACUCGAAUAGAAGGCGUUGAAGUUGAUCACACAAGGACCGUCCAAGUGGGCGAUCCAGGCAGUCCAGGCGAUCCCGAGACAAUCACGGUUGGUCGGGAUUAUUACACCACUAUCACAGAGAAAGGCAGCAACGGAGACCCUUUCACUAAGGUCGUUCACGUCGACGACCGAACGACAAUUGAUGUAGGGCGAACUACCAUAACUCAAACAAGAGACAUCCAGUCUCCUGUCACGAGGACAAUCCAGCCAGAUAGUUCCGGCGGCGUUAGCACCAUUGUUAUAGAAGUACCAAAGUCUACGCCUGCAUAUACAACGGUCACCCGCACUGGAACCGUGACUACCCCUGUGACGUCGACACAGCCUGCACUUAGCUCAGGAGGUACUGGUACUGUCUUCAUAAUUCUACCUUCAGACCCUGUUCUGUAUGCAACCAUCACUCGUGUCGGAACAGGAACCUCGAUAACCACAUCCACGCAGCCACCCAAACACCCUGGAGAGGCUGGGAUUGUCUAUGUAGAUAUACCUGAGCCGCUGGGCAGAUAUAACACUGUCACGAGGUUCGGGACUGGCUCAGCUCCAAGGACGUUUACUCAGACUCCAAAUGGGCCUGGUCGCGAUGGCGAAGUGGUCGUCGAGAUCCCAAUCACCGACGCGGACUUCAACACUAUCACCCAAGUUGGAACCGUCACAGCCCCGGUGACUAGAACGAUUCCUCCAAGCAGCCCAGACGGAACAGGUGUGAUUAUAAUCGAGGUCCCUCCCGCACGCUGGGCUACCGUGUCUCAUAUCGGCUCUGUAACGGAACCCGUGACCCACACCAUAUCUCCAACCCGCGCAGGGGACGCUUGGAGUGUUAUUGUGGAAUUACCUCCUAUCAACACUCGUCUCAUCUACACCACUCGAUAUGGAGACGUGGGCAGCGCUUCAACCACUACUCGGUUCCCAGGCGGCUCCUCUAACACAGGCUGGGUCAUCGUCGACCUCCCUAACCCUAUGACAACUACAAUCCGUGGCGGUGACAUCGAAUCUCCAACGACUAUUACACAGGAGCCGGCAAACCCAGGAGAAACGGGCGUUGUGGUUAUAAUAACGCCAUACAAGUACAUAAUCACGACGAGAACGUCCGGAUCAGAAGCAACAACAAUUACACAAAAGCCUUCUGAUCCGAAUGAAGAAGGAACUAUUAUUGUACAAGUCCCAGCUGAAAAGGUGACUGAAGUUACAGUAACUAGUCAAGGGACGGGAUCAACCGCUCGUUCCUCAACUGUUCCUCCCUCGGAUUCAGUGGUCCCCCCGGGUAUUACUCCUUUUGUUACUGUCACCGAAUAUUGGACAGGUUCAACCAAACAAACGGAAACCUUCCCUCCAUCCACUCCUGGUGCUUCGGGGACCGUCCUGAUACAAAUUCCAGAAGAUUUUCUACACUACGUUACCACCAGCGAGUGGUGGACAGGAUCAACAAGAAGAACCAUAACUAUACCUCCGUCUGAGGCUGGAGGCACCGGUACUAAGAAAGUAUUAUUCCCAACUGCUGCUAUUCGCUACAUUGAUACUAGCAGUGUCUGGACCGGGUCGACAGCACGUGUCUGGACGGAACCUCCGGCGGGUCCUGGAGAGACAGGAGUCAUUCACCAUGAUGUUCCAGCCAUGCGUUAUGUCACUGUGACAAAUUAUGGCUCAGGUUCUAGCACCCGAACCUAUACACAAGAGCACUCUGGCUCUGAUAUAACUGAUACUGUUGUGGUCGAAAUGCCAUGGAUCACCUCCUGGACCACUAUUACCAGCAUUGGGACAGACUCGACGAGUCGUACAUCAACGCAAAUGCCAUCUGGCUCCGGCAGGCUGGGUACGAUUCUAGUUGAGAUACCGCCUACUGCUAUAGCUUGGACCACAACAACGGUAACAGGAAGUGACACUGUCACUCGGACUGUUUCUCAGACGCCUGGACCGGGCAAGAUAGGUACGGUGGUAGUAAUAGUCCCGCCUGCUAUCGACCAUUACAUUACCACGACGAUCGCGGGUACAGGAACCGGAACCAUUACGAGGACUCAUAGUCCAACUGAGCCUGGCGCUACAGGGACUGUGAUCAUUGAGGAGCCUGCCCAUCCUGCUAAGUAUGUCACUUUUACAACAACUUGGAGUGGCAGCACCACGACGACCACUACCAAGCAACCAGACUCGCCAGAUCAGACCAGAACUGUAGUUGUUUUCGUGCCCCGAAGCAUCACACCAUAUGUUACUACUACGAUCACCGGCACUGAGGCAGCAAGUGGAAUCAUCACAACUACUCGAACUCCAACUGAGAGUGGCGCUACCGGGACUGUAUAUAUCGUGCUACCUCCCUCCCCCACACCUUAUGUGACAAUCACUAGGACUGGCACAGGCACUACUACAUCGACCGUUACGCAAAGCCCAAUCCAGGGAACCGGUACCGUCGUGGUCUUUCUGCCCGCUGUUCCUGUCAGCUAUGUUACAGAUACUAGCACAAAGUCAGUCAAUGUCGUACCCCCAAGUGCCACGCCCUAUAUCAUGACAACUUCUUUCGACAACACAGUCUCCGUACCAUAUACGACUACGGUAUCUCCCACUCAGGCUGGUCAGACGGGCUCGGUCAUCGUGGUAAAACCUGUGCUUUAUGUUACAACCACUCGCUAUGGAAGUGUGUUGACCCCCACCACCAGCACCCUAACUGCUGGGAGCCCCGAGGAGACUUGGACUAUAGUCAUUGACUUGCCACAACCCUACCUCACUUCGACCCAGUAUGGUAGUUUCACAGCACCUGUGACAAGAACACUCACAGUAGCGGUACCGGGGCAAACAGGCACCAUUCUAGUUAACCUCCCCGAUCCCUACACAACUGUCAUUCGAUAUGUGAGCGUCUCGGUCUCUACUGUAACCACACAAGGUCCCCAGAGCCCUGGAAUGACCGGGACCGUCCUGAUUGACCUUCCACAGCCUUACUUGACAUCUACUCAAUAUGGUAGUGUAACAGUACCUACAACCAGGGUACUAGGUCCUUCUUUGCCAGGACAGACGGGCACCAUUCUUGUUGAACUCCCGCAACCGUACACAACUAUCACCCGGUAUGGGAGUGUUUCAGUCUCUAGUAUAACUACGCAGAGUGCACAGGGUCCGGGCCAGACAUGGACAGUCCUACUUGAUCUUCCACAACCUUACACAACCUCCACGUAUUACGGCAGUGUCACUAUAGCUACGACCAGAACGCUUACAGUAGCAGUACCUGGUCAGCUCGGCACUGUGUUGGUGGAUAUGCCCCAGCCUUACACAACUGUUACCAGAUUUGGCAGCGUGACUGUCGCCACCACCAGGACGUUGACGUUGACUAGCCCCGGGUCAACAGCCACUGUCUUAAUUGAUCUUCCCGAUCCAUACACUACCACAACUCGUUACGGGAGUGUUUCGGCGAGCAGUAUCACAACACGGACACCGAACGUUCCAGGGGAGACAGGAACCAUUAUCGUCGAUUUACCACAGGCUUACAAGACUAUAACGAGGUAUGGGAGCGUUACUAUCAGCAGUGUUACAACUGAGACGGUUGCAAAUCCUGAGGAAACAAUUACGGUUAUCAUAGACUUGCCGCAGCGAUAUACAACAAUAACUCGCUGGGCACCUACCAUCUCGGUCCCCUCGACAAGGACGGAGAGGCCCCAAGCUACUGGAGAUCCAAUCAGUGUGAUCGUCGAGCUUCCGCAACCUUAUACAACAAUAACCAGCUGGGGGGGUAUUUCGGCCCCCUUAACGGUCACACAAGCGCCCCAGAGCCCCGGGGAACCAUUCACCAUUUUUAUUAAGUCCCCACAACCCUACACAACCACGACUCGUUAUGGCAGUGUUAGUGUGGACGAGACCACCACAGAGACAGCCUCUAGGCCUGGUGAGCCAUACGUUGUCGUGGUCAAAGUACCUUACACGACAGUCACAGUCACUACACUUUACUCAGGCAGUUCUAUUUUGACAGGGCCAACAGCAAUCUCGACGAUCCCCGCCUCUGGAUCUAUUCCCGGUACAGUCAUUAUCGCGACAGCUGCACCACAACCCGUCACGAUUACCAGAUUGUAUACUGGCACUGCAGCUAUCAAUGUACCAACUACAGUCACUACAAUCCCUAACUCUGGGACAGUUCCAGGCACAGUGAUCAUAGAGACCCCUCAGCCUUAUGUCACCACGACUCGAUAUGGAAGUGUAUCAGCCAGCACCAUGACUACAGAGUUGCCUGUAAGCGCAGACGGAACAGCUCUGGUUAUAAUUGACCUUCCUCAGCCUUACACAACAACAACCAGAUGGGGCAGCGUGACAAUUAGCAGUAUUACUACUGAGUCUGCGUCUGUUGAAGGUCAAGAAGCAACUGUGAUUAUCGAUCUGCCGCAACCUUAUACAACCACCACCAGGUAUGGAAGUAUGGCAGUCAGCUCUGUAACCACUCUUGCCCCUGCGAGUCUGGGGGGAACUGCGACUGUGAUUGUCGAUCUGCCACAGCCAUACACAACUGUGACUAGGUACGGCGGUGUCACAGCGAGCAGUGUCACGACCCAGAUGCCAACAAUUGAUGGAGAGACUGCAACUGUUAUCAUCGACCUCGCCCAGCCUUACACAACCGUAACGAGGUAUGGAAGUGUCACAACCAGCAGCGUUACAACGCAGAUGCCUACGGUUAAUGGAGAGUAUGCUUCUGUCUUCAUAGAUCUCCCUCAACCAUAUGCGACGAUCUAUAGAUACGGAGGAGUGACAGCAAGUAGUAUCACCACACAGAUGCCAACGGUUGAGGGAGAGACAGCUUCAGUCUACGUCGAUCUUCCUCAGCCUUAUGUAACCACCACUCGGUAUGGAAGUGUGUCAGUCAGCUCCAUCACCACCCUUGACCCUUCAAGUCUAGGAGGGACGGCAACAGUGAUAGUCGACCUGGCCCAGCCUUACACAACCGUAAUUAGGUAUGGAAGCGUUACAGCAAGCAGCAUCACGACGCAGAUGCCUACGAUUGACGGAGAUGUUGCUUCAGUCUAUAUUGAUCUCCCUCAGCCAUAUACGACGAUCUAUAGGUACGGAGGGGUGACAGCUAGCGAGACUACUACCGAAACAGGCGCAAUGCCUGGCGAUACAGAUACUGUCUACAUAGACAUUCCAUUCUCUACAACGACAAUCACCGAACUCUAUACCGGAGCAUCGUCCAUUACGGGGGCUAUAGCUGUCUCGACCAUUCCUGCAUCUGGAUCGGUUCCGGCUACCAUCGUCAUGGCCACCCCGCCUGUCUUUUCAACACGGUUCUAUACUGGAGCAAGUCCGAUUUCUGGUCCAGUCACUGUAACUACUCUAUACGGGUCUGGGAGUGAUCCUGCUACUGUCGUGGUUGAGACACCGCCGGUGACCAUAACCCAAAGAUACUCCGGCUCUUCGACUGUCACCUUGACUACAAUCACACCGACUGGGACAGAGGAUGGAACCGUUGUAAUCGGGAUUCCCUCACCUCAGCCUGUCACUAGUUAUCGUCAAUACUCGGGGACUUCUCCAGUCAGCGCUGCUGUCACUGUGACAACUCUUCAGCCCACAGAUCCUGAUGAUCCGGCAACUAUUGUUAUCGAGACACCCCUUGUAACAAUCACGCGGCCAUAUACCGGCACAGAGGUCCUGUCUGGUCCAACGACUGUGGCUACUAUCUCGGGUACGGUGGUCGUCGAGACGCCUCCAGUCUAUCUAACACGAUUCUAUACCGGAACAAAUGUGAUCACGGGGCCAACUACGGUUUCAACGAUCUCCCCUUCGGGCGAUCAUCCUGGCACAAUCAUCGUUGAGACUCCUCCCAUCACAAUCACCAGAUUCUAUACAGGCACAGAGACCUUGUCUGGUCUGGUUACGGUAACUACAAUUACACCAACAGGAACAGAAGCUGGCGUCGUUAUAGUUGAGAAACCGCCUGUAAGAGUCACCCGGUUCUAUACUGGUACAUCAGUGAUAUCCGGCCGAAUAACUAUAACGACUGUCACUCCGACUGGUACCGAGGACGGUACUAUUAUCUAUGAGACACCACCGAUUACAGUGACUCAGUUCUACACAGGAACAGAUGUAAUCACUGGGCCUUUGAUACUCACAACAAUAACACCGACCGGAACUGAAGCAGGGACUGUGAUCGUAGCGACACCGCCAGUGACCAUCACUCAACGUUAUUCCGGGACUUCUGUUCUAUCUGGUCCGCUAACUCUGACCACUGUGACACCUACCGGUACUGAGGCAGGGACUGUGAUCAUUGCUACACCGCCGCCGGCGACUGUGACGAGCACGCGACGAUAUACUGGCACUUCAAGUUUGAGCGGCGCCAUCACCGUGACCACCCUUCAACCAACUGGCACAAACGAUGGGCCGACCGUUGUUGUCGAAACGCCUGCACCGCAGCCAUCCACCAGCUAUCGCCAGUACUCAGGAACAUCCAGCAUCAAUGCAGCCAGAGCCGUGACGACUUAUCCGCCGACAGGCACAGACGAUGGAGGUAUCGUGGUCGUGGAGACCCCGGCACCACCUCCAGCUUUCAGCUGUGAUGAAGGAGGAUACUUGAUCCAAGUCCGAACUCUCUACAGACUCAAUCUGGUCACAGGAGUCAAUUCUCUGGUAGCACAGAAUGUUGGACCCGGAGCACCUUCUGGUACAACCAACGGCGGAACCAUCAAUCCCAUUGGCUAUAAUAUCAAGGAUAAUCUCAUUUAUGGAAUUGUCCAGAUUGCAACCGGAAGAAGUCAAGUCAUUCGGAUUGGUUCCACUGGAUCGUAUACGCUGAUGAAUACCUUCAUUGAUGGAACAUGGAACACGGGCGAUGUAGAUUCUGAUGGCAUUUUCUGGAUCUCAACAUAUGGAAAGGCCUGGGCGAAGAUCGAUGUGAACCCAACAUCCGCAACCUACGGCAAGAUUCUUCAACAAGGGACCGCAACAUCAGCAAAUAACUGCGCUGAUUGGGUGUCUGUCCCUGGAGGAGGCCGAUAUCUAUAUGCUCUUCAAGGAAAUACAUCAAAGACAGUCCUGGCAAGAUGGAGCCUCGACACGUUUACCUGGGAAAUCAUCAAAGAUUUCGGCCAUAUCGCCGGCGACAAUCUCUGGGGAGCGGCUUAUUCGGUCGGUAACAAGCUCAUGUAUGCCUCGGAAAAUACGUCUGGAGUCAUUUACCGAUUCAAUGUUGAGACCGGAGAGAAAUCUCUUGUAAUUAACGGCCCGAAGACAUCACAAAAUGAUGGCGCGCGUUGUGUCAACGCUUCACCUCUCACAUAG